CAUCCCAAUGUGUAUGCAAUAAACUGAUCCCUUGGCUACAACUUCUAGCAGUGGUAAUUGUGUGCCAGAUUUAUUUCAAUUCUCAAUUAGAUCACAAGUAUGGCCACCAUAACUGCUUGCAGUCCAACCUCAUCAAUUGCACUCACAAGUGUUGUGCACAAGGGUUCAUUGGUGGUUUCAUCCUCUCCUGUUCUUGGGUUGCCGGCAAUGGCGAAGAAGGGAGGAGUGAGAUGUUCCAUGGAGGGAAAGCAGCAGCCAUGUGUGGAGGAGAGCAGCUCAAGUUUGGGCAUGGGUGCGUCGUUGUUUGCGGCAGCUUGUGCCGCAACCGUGUCGAGCCCUGCCAUGGCUCUGGUGGAUGAGAGGUUAAGCACAGAAGGAACAGGGCUUCCCUUUGGUUUGAGCAACAACCUGCUUGCUUGGAUCCUCUUGGGUGUGUUUGCUUUGAUUUGGGCUCUCUACUUUACCUACACUUCCACCCUUGAAGAGGAUGAGGAGUCUGGAUUGUCCCUCUAAAUUCCACAAUCAAACUCUUUCUCUAUCAUCAACAGGGAAUGUUGAAAAUUGUGUUUAGCCCUUGUAGUUGCAUCUGUUGUAUUUCUCAACUUGCUUCUUAAUUGAUGAGUUUUUCACUCAUAUUUGUAUAGUCGCCUAUAAAAAAUAAAUCCACUUUGAACUUCUGAA